AUGGUCUGCUCCAAAUGUCAGAAGAAACUCAAGUCCACCGAACUGGCCACGCCGGGCGUCAAGCGCAAAAGCGAGAUGUACUAUGGGUCGCCCGCGACGAGCGUAGGCGGUGGCGGAGCAGGCGCGGGCUCGAAAAAGCCGACGCUGGGGAAUACGGGGGUGGGAAAGAGUAAACUGCUCAGCUCCAAGGCCAAGAACCCGUACGCGGCGUACUCGUCGGCAUGUGAGAUGUGCAAGACCAAGACCGAGCAGGGGCGGAAGUAUUGUCAGCGGUGUGCGUAUCAGAAGAAUGCGUGUCCGAUGUGUGGGAAGAAUCUGGCUGGCAAGUCGGCUAAGGAUCAGCCUGUGGUGCAGGGACAGAAGUUCAACUUGAAAUGA